AUGUCAGUGCAGAGGUUCAGUCUCACACACACCAGACUUUUGCUGACAAUAAAACAAAAAAGCGAGUGUCCACCUUGGUUUGAGGAAAAACACGAGGAAAGUGACUGCAGAGCGGCGGCUACGGAGAGAGAGACGGUUUCUGUGAACGGGAAUGUUCUGGAGGAGGUUUUUAACAGUUCGCAAGAGAGGAGAGGAGAGGAGAGGAGAGAGAGAGAGGGGGUGUCACCUGAAGAAGAUUGGCAUAGUUUUUACACUGAGGAUCGGUUGGUGAAGAGAGAGAGAGAGAGAGAAAGACAGAGAAAGACUAAGUUACAAAGAAGGUACAAUUUAAGUCGUCUUUUGGGUUUCCACUACGGCCAAGUUCUUCAUAAAGAACCUGAGCUAAAUUCAAUUGAAGCUACUAAAACUAUCAUUAUCUUUACAUUCAGGGGGCUUUAUUCUAUCUCCAAAUACAGAUCGGAUUGA